AUGUCAACUUUCCAGGAUCCAAUCCUUUUCCUCUACAAAUCCAGACAGUCCCAAUCUCCGUCCAUACGCUCCUACCGCCGCCGCCGUCGUCGCCACCAUCCAAAAAUGAACAUCGUCUUCUUCCUCUCAGUUUUCUUACUCUUCGUCGGAGCCAACAGUUCUCAAUUUCCGAUCGACGAAGCAACCAUCGCCGAAAUCCAACACGCUUUCUCCCAAAACAAGCUCACCUCCAGAGAACUUCUCGAUCACUACCUGAACAAGAUCGAUUUUCUUAAUCCAGUGCUUAGAAGCGUUCUCGAAGUGAAUCCUGAUGCGAGAGCCCAAGCGGAAACCGCCGAUCGAGAGAGGGAGCUCGCUGGAGGAAAAGCCCUUGGCGAACUCCAUGGAAUUCCAGUGCUGCUCAAGGAUUCAAUUGGAACCAAGGAUCGGCUCAAUACCACGGCCGGUUCCUUCGCAUUGCUAGGUUCGGUGGUGCCUCGAGAUGCGACGGUGGUCCACCGCCUGAGGAACGCCGGUGCGGUGAUUUUGGGGAAAACUUCGCUCACUGAGUGGUAUGGGUCUCGGUCUCUGAAGAUUCCCCAUGGCUGGUGCGCUCGCGGCGGUCAAGCCCUGGUCAGUAAUUUUUAG